ACGAGCCGAUCUUUUGGUAAAGAGGAUAAAAGGAAGAAGAUGAAGGACGGAGGAAGAGUGUUGGUCGUCGCUCUGGUGAUGGCGGUCCUGUGCUGCUCAGCUGUCACCCCGCUCACUCCCGCCCAACGACACCAACUACUACUACGUGAUUAUUAUGAUGAUUUAGAUACACCAGAUGACACAGAUACACAGGAGCCUCGACAUACUGAAACUCCUUUGGGUGACUCUCUUGUGUCUUCUGCUACAGCAACAACCAACACAACUACUGCUGUGAUGAUCUUAGAUGAAGAUCUGUUUCAACAAACUGAGGACAUGUUGGGGGAGAUCAGUGACACUCUCAGCCAACUCUGGUUAUAUAUCAACAAUGGGUCAGAGAGCGACCUCGUGUGGCAGCGUCUUCCCUAUGUCUGGUGGCGUGAGGUCGUCAAGAACCUUAUACAACCAGGAGACAGUCCUUGUAUCGACACUACUGGCACAUGCAUGAAUAUAAGUAUAACUUUACAUGACAUAGACCAGCAGUUGGACACACUAACUAACAACACAGAUGCUUGGUGUAUGACCAACCUCAAACAACUCAAGGAAAACAAUAAAAAUUUAAGAAGCUUGAUGAAUGAAGCAGAUGAUAAAGACUUUAUGGAUGGGAUCAUUAAGAAAUCUUUCAAAGUACUCCUCAAAAAAGUUAAAGAUAAAGUGAAUGUAGGAGUAACUACAGCGAAGGACAAAGUUGCUGAGACAGAAAAUAGAAAGACAAAAGCCAUUAUCAUUUUCCUGUCAUUCUCCUUCUCAAUGGUUGGCCUUAUCAUAGUGAGGCUCCUGGUUGGCCUCUACUGCAUGGGUAACCAACACAUACAGAGCCACAUGACCAGGAAGGAUCCCACAGGAAGACAUAACACCAAGGUGAAAGGAGAGUACGUAUUCCUGGAAGACUUCAGUAUAUAGCCCACCACCGGAGAACAAUAACAACACGGACAAUAAUACCGCCAAGGAUGGUGCUGACACUAUACCCGGGCACGACCACACAAGUACCUACAGCAAGCAUUUCCCACCUUGGCCCAGGUGUUACCUUAAACCUGACGUUACUGGUGGUACUGAUGGCCAGCCCAGGACUGAUUAUUGUAUCUUCAAACAGGAAGUAAUGGAUCUACGGAACAAAGACAAAAAUUCGGCAAAAAUUAGCAAUACCGUACUGUAGUUUGUGAUAUAUGAUGUCUGACACCUGCAUAUUCUUACAUACACCUAAGUUUCAUUGGUCUGAUGGUCUAACAAAACCAAACUAAUCCUACCCUAACCUGCCUUCGGUCCAAUGAACUUACAAACCAACAAACCUUCGAACAAAUGACCCUUUGAACCAACAAAUCCUUGAAUCACAGUAUAGUUCCUAUCCACUACAACCCUCUUGACAGGAAUUUAGAGACAUUUGUCAGUGUUCAACUACACAGAACUACUAUUAGUUUUGACAUUACCACUUCCCCUGUGAACAUAAUUCUAAUGUUUAUUUAUUUUUAUAUACAGUAUAUAUAUAUUUUAUCCGGGAAGCGAUGUUGUCAUUAAGAAACACACAGGUGGAGGCUUUUAUCAUUUAUAACUUCCUUAAAGUCGUGUAAAGAAUAUCAAAAUCCAAGAUGAUUUCAA